AUGGUUCCUCCUCCACAUAUCCCUCACAGCUUGGAUGUUCUCAAAUGCGAAAAUGAUCAUUUUCAAUGUAAAUAUGGGGCAUGUAUUAAAAAAUCGUUUAGGUGUAAUCAAAAAAUCGAUUGUCUGGAUGGUUCUGAUGAGAUUAAUUGUAAUUUAACUCAAAUUGGAUUAAACGAUUUUUUAUGUUUAAACCAAAAAGUUAUCCCAAACUCGUUAAUUUGUAACAAUUUCGAUGAUUGUGGUGAUAAUUCCGAUGAAAAUUUCUCAGUUUGCGCUCCAAAUUUGUGCGAUUUGAACGAAUUUCGGUGUAAAUCCGGGAAUUGCGUAAAAAAUUCUUUAAUUUGUGAUGGUUUCCCGGAUUGUUUCGAUGGAUCGGAUGAGUUUAGGUCAAUUUGUGAUUUAUUUGAAUUAAGAAAUACAAAUUCGAUAAAAUGUUCGGGUUUAAAACUUUUCGGUGUUGAUUUAAAAUGUAAAGAUGAGAAAAAUGAUUGCGAUUUUGAACAAGAAAUUGGGACGAUUUCUGAAGGGGGAUGUAAAGAGUUUUACGAGGGUGUUGAAAAAAUCGAUAAAUCUAAAGCUGUUUGUCAAUUUGAUGGGCGAUGGAAUUCGGAACAUGUUAAAUGUAAACCAAUUUGUGGUACUAAAUCGCCCGCUCUUCCAUUAAUUUCAUCGGGAUUUUCAAUUGAAAAUUGGCCGUGGUUCGUUGGUUUAUACUCUUUGGAGACAUCGGAAACUAAUUUCUUUUGUGGGGGAACUUUAAUUUCAGAGAAAAUCGUUUUAACAGCCGCUCAUUGCGUUUGGAAAAAAUCCCCGGAGGAUAUUUUAGCUGUUCUUGGAAAAUACAAAGUGGACCUAGCCAUAAACGAACCGAAUUCGCAACAAAGAAACAUUGAAAAAAUCAUAUUGCAUCCGAAUUAUUACGAUAUCGAGACGAAUUACGCGUCAGAUAUAUCAAUUUUAUAUUUAAAAACAUUCGUAAAUAUCAAUGAAUUUAUAAAACCAAUUUGUAUCGAUUGGUUUAAUCGGUUUCAUAAAAAUGUUUUUGAUAAAAACUUAAUGGGGACAGUUGUUGGAAUGGGUUUAACCGAAAAUGAUACUUUUGCUUCACAUUUAUUAGCAACAAAUCUUCCUAUAGUUACCGUUAAAGAUUGUAUGAUUAAUGAAAAGAAAGAUUUUCACAAAUAUAUCACUUCAACUACAUUUUGCGCUGGAUUUUUAAACGGAACUGGAGUUUGUAAUGGUGAUAGUGGUGGUGGGUUGGCUAUUUUUAACGAUGGGAAAUGGUUUUUAGAAGGUUUGGUGAGCAUAAGUCCGAGGAAAAGUGGAAAAGCCGUUUGCGAUACUAACAAAUAUACGAUUUUUACCAAAAUUUCAUCAUUUUUAGAUUGGAUUAAAGAAGUUGUUCCACCUGAAAUGUUAUUUUAAUGAGAUUUUAGAAUAAAUUUAUUAACAGCAAAGUUAUUGGUUAUUAUUUGAGCUUGUACAAUUUAUGGCCCAUCUUCAACUUCCUCAUUCUUGACUGUUUUUAGAUUUAAAUAGAUUAAAGUGUUCCACUUCAUAUAGCUGUAAUCAAACACCCUUGGUUAAUAAACAUUUAGUAUACAAACUAUACAACACAGUAAUAAUAACAGUUUAGUAACACAAGGUAAAAAUAAAUAAAAAUAUUUUUUUUAUAAAAAAGAAACAUUUUUAAUUCAAGUACAUAUUUACAAUAGUAGGUGAUAAAAGCAUUUUUAAUUUUUAUACAUAUUUUUUAUUUUGUUGAUC